AUGUCAGUUCCUAUUUUUACUAGUGCACGCACUUAUACCCCAGAUAAUUCUUCUGGAGAUAGUGCUGCCACAAGUACAUCAACUUCUGAACUAGAAAAAAAGCUCAAUUUUACCGGAAAAAGACAGCAAAUUGGUAUGAUACUGGCUAAACUUCAUUGUGAUCUUAAUCGAGUGGCUAACUUUAUGCAAGAUAUUGGACAAAAAGUCAAAGUCAAGUUUCCAGAUGGAAUUCUGAUGAACUAUUCUGUAAGCAAAACUGCUGCUCAAAUUCUUCAAGAUGCUGAUACUUUAGAAGAUAAAGUUAUGAAUAUUACAGGUCAUAGAAGUUUUCAAGGGUGA